UGGUACUAAGUUUCUUGCCUUUCACAUUUAAAUUUGUCUAUAGGGUUCUUUGAUGCGUCCGAGUUUUUAAUUAUUCUAUGUUCAGAGUUAUUAACUGUCUUCUUAACAUGUUUAUUAUAUUUUGUAAUAUCCAUAUUAUACAUGUGUUUAUACAUUAAUGUAAUCUUGACGGUAUUUAUUUUUGGAAAUUUGCCAAAUAUGACUUAAAACUUGAUUUUAACUCCAAAAGUAUCUCAAACUUGAAUCAAAUGCAAAAGUAACUCAUAAGACUAGUGAAAUUACAACCAGCUCAUUAUGACCAAACAAAAAACCAUAAUUUAUUUUUACGAAUAUAACCUCGUAAAGUCUUCUGAGAUUUUUCAAGUCUUCUGAGAUUUUGCAAGUCUUCUGAGAUCUAUAAGUCUUUUCAUAUAGUAGAUUUUAAUUUUUUUUAUAAAUUUUGUAAAAAAUAUUUUGACAGGGAAAAAUUGAAAUCAUAUAAAUAUAAAUAGUUGCAAGUGAUAUAAAUUAAAAUAUAAUAAAAUUGAAUUGUUUUCAAUAUAGAUGAGUAAAAGUAGUGAGUCAUGAUAUUCUUUGGUUUAGGAUUUGACAACAUAUGUUGUAGUAUUGUAUGUGUUUGUGGAUUAGAUUUUGGAAGCUUAACAUUUUCUUGAAAAAUUAAAUUUUGACAUAUAUGUGCUUAGUUUUGUGUAUAUUAAACACUUUUUAAUUUUAAUGAAGUGUUUGUUUCUAUUUAAUUAAUUAUUUGAGUUUAAGAUUUAUAUUUAGGGUCUAUACGACUUCGAGGAAGUAUUCUGGUGAUUAGUAUUUUAUCAGUUAGAAGAUUUCCCUGAAAGUCUUCUAACUCCUACUAUAUUUUAGUUUUCCGCUAAAAAUAUUUUAGUUUCCUGCUAAAAAUAUUUUAGUUUCUAGAAGAUUUUCAAGUAAGUCUUCUAGGAAGUUUUCUAUUAGAAGACUUACUUGAAAGUCUUCUAAUCGAAAAACUUUAACUUUAUUGAAAUUUUUGUCUCCCUUUAUAAAGAAAAUGACACAUUCUCUUUCUUCUUUUUAAAUAGCUGCAGCAAAAAUGUAAUGUUUUUCAUUCUAAAACUCUCCAACCUCUCUCUAAUCUCUUUGAACUUAAGAACACCAAACUUUAUAUCAACUUAUAGUUAUUUCAUGUCUUCUUACUGAUUUAUGUUGUUGUUGUAGGUUUUUCAUUAUCUGGUUCUCAUCUUCUACUCCUUCAAAGGUAGAUCUAUAAAUCAUAUUUUCUUAUUUGGUAACCUACUGUUGCUUAAAGCUUUUAUCUUUUGAAAACUCUUUUGGUUGUUUUAAGCUCUUACAUUAUUUUAGAAGUUUUUCUAUGUUUUGAAGUCAUUUGAAUGCUUUUGGAUAUAUAUGUUUUUCAGAUCUGAGACAGAUGGAGAAGACUUCCAGGGAAGUUUUCUUGGAAGUCUUCUAACAUUUAAUGCACUAGAAAAUUUCGUGAAAGUCUUCUCCUAUGUCUCUUCUUUCAUUUUAGAUAUGAGUAUUUUGGUAAGUUUAUAUGCUUGGUUUUUCUUCAUUUGGUAACCUCUGGUUGCUUAAAACUCUUAUAUUUUUUACAAUUUAUCAUUUUUUUUGUAAACACGAAACUUUAUAUCAGUUUAUCAUUUUUUGUCUCAUGUCAUUCUCACUAAUUCAUCUUGUUUUGUAGAUUUUUUAUUACAUGGUUCUCAUCUUCCACUCUUUUAAAGGUAGAUCUAUAAAUCAUAUUUUUUUAUUUGGUAACCUCUUGUUGCUUAAAUCUCUUACUUUUUAAAAAUUCUUUUGGUUGUUUUAAGCUCUUACCUUAUUUUUGAAUUUUUUCUAUGUUUUGAAACCAUUUGAAUGCUUUUGGAUAUGCAGGUUUUCAUAUCUAAGACAGAUUUGGAAGACUUCUAGGGAAGUCUUUUUGUAAGUCUUCUAACAUUUAAAGCACUAGAUGACUUUCUGGAAGUCUUCUGACAAAGCCUUCUCCCAUGUCAAGUGGAGUUUAAGCUUGUCUUUGUAGAGGAAUGAGUUAUAAUAAUUUUGUUUAUGGUUGUAAUUUGUAUGUGUACUCUUUUAGUUGUGAAUUCUUUUGUAAAUUUGAAAAGAUAUUAAUGAAAAAAUUUGGUAAAUAUGUUAAUGUCUACAAUAUUAUCUUGCCAAAAAUACUUGAUAUUAUUGAAAUUAUUGAUACAACUUCAAUAGCAAAACACAAUAACACAAAAAAAUUAAUCAACUUUACUACAACUAAUUAAUAGAGAAAAAUUCUCAAGAAAACUUAGUUAAAUUCACAAAAGAACAAACAUUACAUUAGUUCAAACCUAUAACACUUUCACUAGAAGUUUCCUGAGAAGUCUUCUGGAAGACUUUUCAGAAAACUUAACUUUCAAGCGGAAAUUUUAAAUAUAAGGGAAAAAUUUAAGCGGAAAAUUUAAGUUUUAAGUGAAAACUAAAAUUUCAAAUUUCAUGAAAGUUAAAAAAAUAUAUCUUAUAAUCAAGGAAGACAUAUUAAACCAUAUGAUUCGAUAUUCUUGAGGUUACUUAACACUUUUGAAAGUUAAAAAUAAUAUAUCCUUAAGUUGAAAAUACAAAUUUACUAAAACUAACGUAGAAGACUUAUGGGGAAGUCUUCUUUCAUUAGCUAGAAACAUUAAUAAGCAUGAAUGUUGUUAACCUCAUAAUUAUCACCAAUUAAGUUAUUAAUUUCAUUCAGGAGCCCCAAUAUUGACUAAUAUACAUGAAUUAACAAGAAAAUGUUUAAAAGUCUUUAUAGUUUUAGAGAAAAUGAAAUUUUAUUAAACGUUGACGUAGACGACUUCCACGGAAGUCUUCUGGUCCAUGCAUAGGUUAGUUUGCAAUUGACUUUAUGUGUCAGAAUUUUGAUUUUUCCUAGACGACUUACAUGUUUUAUUUUUCUGUUGGAUGACUUCCGUGUAAGUCGUCUAGGAAAAAAUCAAAUUUCUAACACAAUCCGGUCAAAUGCAAAACUAACAUGUGUAUCCUAGACUUCCAUGUAAGUCGUUUCAGGUUACUUUUGCAAUUGAAAAUUAAACUUAAAUAUUUUAUUUUAUCCGGACGACUUCUAUGUGAAUCUUCCAGCAGACAACUUACAUGUAAGUCUUCUGUAAUAACCAAUGUUUGACCAGUAUCUUAGAAUAAAAUCCUAGAAGACUUCCGUGUCAAUCGUCUACCGGAAGACUUACAUGGAAAUCAUCCGGAUAAAAUUAAUUAUUUAAGUUUUAUUUUUCAAUUGCAAAAGUAACCUAAAACGACUUAUUUGGAGUCAUCUUGUAAAAAUUAAAUAUUUAAUUUUUAUUUUUCUGUUAGAUGACUUUCGUGUAAGUUGUCUAGGAAAAGUUAAAUUUCUGACACAAUCCGGUCAGAUGCAAAACUAAUCUGUUUAUCCUAGAUGACUUACCGGGAAGUCUUUUCUAAUUUUUUUGAAAGCAAAGAAAAACGGAAGACUUCCAAAGAAGUCGUCUCUAAAAGACACACAUAAAGUCAAUUGCAAAACUAAUCAAUGCAUUGACUAGAAGACUUCCGUGUAACUUUUCUCUUCUGAGAAGACUUACACGAAAGUCUUCUGACGCAAAGAUCUGAGAAAAAAUUGAUUUCAUAGCUUUAACCAAGGAGAUAACUUGUUUAGCUUCUCCAAUCACACAAUACUUCACCACCAAAGCAACCUACUUGUUAAUGACUACGAAGCAUGAGCUUGAAUGGUUCUAUAAACCUUAAACAUUUUAGAAUCAAAAUCUUGGAUUUUUUUGGACGAAUAUAGAGAGAAAGUGAAAGAGAUGUUAUUUUUAGUUCAUAAGAAAUGAGAUAGGAGUCAAAAUCGAUUUUUAUGUGCAUUAAGAGCAUCAAAUCGGUUGUUCAUGGUGGUUGGUGUAUUGAUGGCAAUGACAAUAUUGUAAAUACAUGAAGAAAAUGAGGAUGAGAGAAUAAAAAACUUAUUUUCAAAAAAAUAAAAUAAAAAUAAUAAUGAUAUUUUCAUAAAUAAUCUGAACUUUUGGGAUGAACAUGGCAAAUGAAAGUUCAAAAAAAAAGUUAUAAGUUGAUUCUCUGUUUGACAUUGAGUUUUGAUUCAUAUUUGCAAAAAGUUAAUUUUUUUAAAUAUAUUUUCCAAUACAUUGUAAUGUUGACAGUAUUUCUUUUUAUAUAUUUACCCAUAUUAUAUAGGGAGUAUAAUAUAUGAAAUCACAAUUUUCACUUAAUUUAUUCUUCUCAUCUUCCUUGGCGUGGACAAGGUAGAAUCGGCAUCUGCCUCACACUGGUGCAAUGCAUAAAAUCAUUCUCGUUUUAGAAUUCUAUGUUGAAGAAAAUUAUUCGCGGUGACUAUUUUGUGAAAUAGAAUAAUAUGCUAUAGGCCAAGAAGUUUUCAAAUCUUGGUGCUCUUCUUGGAUUAAAUGCUUCUUAGUUAAUCUACUUUCUCAUCUAUAAUUUUAACGUCCAAUAAUAGUUGUCAAAGUCAUGUGGUCCCAACAGUUCAAUAUAUGAAAACAACUUUACACCAUUAAAUUAAAGGGUUAAUUAAAUCAGAUCCAGAUACAAUUUAAUAAGUUCUUUUUAAUCGAUAGAAAAUCUUAACAAAAAAGGCCAGGAAGAAGUUUUAAUCAUUUUAAUGCUGCUGGUUACACAUGAAGGCAUGGUACAUUUGCGUAGUGAUAUAUAACAUCUUUUUCUUGAUAAAUAUAUCUUACAAAUUUACAAUCACACAACCCGGCCGUGUCAGUAUUGCAAUUCAUAUUACUAAUAAUCAACAGAAAAAGAAAAAAAAUUUCAGGGUCAAGAGUUGAAGUGACAGAAAAGAGACAGAAUAAAACUGUAAACGAGUCUUCACACACUUCAGAGAACAAAAGUAUGGAGCGGUAGUUCUGAGCCGUUGGUGGAUAGAAUGAGAGUAAUUUCUGUAACGGUCGCACAUAUUUUUCUCUUUUGCAGAUCGACUACAGUUCAUUAAAUCGAUAAUUUUUAGCACGGUCAAUUUCUAGAGUUAGCAUACUUGUUUUCUGGUUCACCAAAUGAUAUGCAUAAGGCUAAAGCGUUCUAAAAGGAUAUUGUUUAUUUAUCCAAAAGCAGAAGGAAGUUUAUGUAUUAGUCGACUUUGGGAUUCUUCCAAGGUUUUUUUGUGUGUUAACUCUUGAUUUAGCUAGCUUUGAAUUACUCUAUCUGACUCAGAUUAUAUAGAUCAGAUACAAACUGUAUAUUUGUUCUCAGAUAUGGAUCUUUUGGAAACGCUAAAUGAGGUAUAAAAAAUCUUGGGUGAGAGAAAAUUGUUAAAGAUCUAAGUAACGUAUUUAUCUUUGGUCUGACGACUAGCUAAACAUGCAAAUCUGGUACGGAAGACGUCAAGAAAAUGCCGUCCACGUGCUUCAUAGGUUAUGUAUCUGUUGAAAGGCUACUAUUUCUGAAAUAGUGACUGGAACGAGUUGGGGUAUUACAGAAAGCGAAAACCGCUCUUUGCAACCUCUAAUAACAAAACUACUUGAUCAGGUCUCUAUUAUAUAUGAGGAAGCAGUAACGGCCCUGAGGGGAAGCCAAAGAAGCUUAGGCUUCCGGCCUUUUUUUGGUUUAGUAAUUUAGCGGCCACAUAUUCCUAAGAAUCUUCAAUUAGCCUAGUUGUUAAUGCUCAUCGAAGAUGAGAGAUAAGUUUUAGGUUCGAUUCUUCGCACAUGCAGUUUUAAAAUUGCUUCCGGUCUGAAAAUAUAUAGGGCCGGCACUGUGAGGAAGAAUAGAUAUAGCUCCCUUUUCAUUUUUGGUUUCAUGCCAAGUUCUUUUGCUGAGUUUGAGUCUUGAGCUGUGACAGAGGUUUUUCUGAUCCGCAUGUGACUUUGUGUGAAAGUUGAUUGUUCCACCACUAACUAUUGAUCACGUGCUGCUGAAAUAGGGUUUCACCGAAUUUAAUUUGUUUCGGAUUUAACUUUUGGUUUAUUUAUGUUACAAGUCUAUCUCUUGAUUGUUGGUAUGAGCAAUUUUUUUAAAUUACAAACAUUUUUUUUGGAUAAUAUUAUAAACAAGCUAUUAUCCUUGCUAACAGUAUUUUAAUUAAAACAAUAAUAUUUUUAAUAAUUAUUUGAGAAUUUGGUAUAUACACUUUACAAAUUGAUUAUUUUAAAAUAAAAUGUUGUAGGAAAGCAACCUAUAAAAAAGUUAUUUGAAUUAUUUAUUAUUUAUUUAUAUUUAUAUAUGUUUAGAGUAAGUGUAUAAUUAUCCUUUUUAGUAAUUUUUUGAUUAUUUUUCCGUUAUGUGUUUUUUGGUCAAAAAAUAUUUAUUGGCUCAUUUUAAAGAGUUGUCCGUACUUUUAAAAGAAAUUAUACAUGUUAUAAUUAAAUAAUUGCUAUGUCAUAUUUUUCAAAAAAAAAAAACAUGUCAUUUUUUGUUAAAAAUGAAUAUGGUAAUUAGUAAUUUUUAGGGGGUUACAUUUUUAACACACACAAAAUAAUAUUAUACAGAAGUUUCGUUAUUUGCAAUCCGGAACACAAAAUUCGAAAUAUUUCCUUAAAACAACCAUUCAGAGAUAUUUUGAUUCAAAAUCCGUCGAGACUUGCGAUUCCCUCUCGCGCCCUUCUCCCGUCAUCAUCUUCCCAACGUCUCUACUCUUUCCUCUCUCUCGCUCUAAUUCACAGCAAUGGAGGAAACUGACGAAACGGAAACCGAAUCGCAGGUUUAUAUGGCUUGCAUUCAGCACGGUCGUCGAGUUGGAGUUUCUUACUACGACUGUAGUGUACGCCAGCUUCAUGUGCUUGAAUUUUGGGAGGAAGAUUGCUCUGAUUUUACUCUGAUCAAUAUGGUCAAAUAUCAAGCAAAGCCAUUGGUCAUUUACACAAGCACCAAAAGUGAAGAUUCCUUUGUAUCUGCUCUGCAGAAGAGUGAUGGAACUGAAGAGGAUACCAUGGUGAAGCAGGUAAAGAGCUCAACAUUUAGCUACGAGCAAGCGUGGCACAGGCUUGUUUAUCUUCGAGUAACAGGAAUGGAUGAAGGGCUGAAUAUCAAAGAACGGGUUUGUUAUCUGAGUUCAAUGAUGGAUGUAGGCAGUGAAGUCCAAGUUCGUGUUAGUGGGGGUCUUCUUGCUAUAUUAGAAAGCGAACGAAUUGUAGAUACCCUGGAACAAAACGAAUCUGGGACAGCGUCAAUUGCAAUUGACUCAGUCAUGGAAGUACCAUUGAACAAGUUUCUCAAACUUGAUGCAGCUGCUCACGAGGCACUACAGAUAUUUCAAAUAGAUAAACAUCCAAGCCAUAUGGGCAUUGGCAGGGCAAAAGAAGGGUUCUCGGUGUUUGGCAUGAUGAAUAAGUGUGCCACACCAAUGGGUAGACGGCUUUUAAGAAGCUGGUUUAUGAGGCCAAUUCUGGAUCUUGAAGUGUUAGACCGUCGUCUCAAUGCUAUUACCUUUUUCAUAUCUUCUAUAGAGCUGAUGACAUCUUUGCGGGAUACACUGAAAUCUGUGAAGGACAUAUCCCAUUUGCUCAAGAAAUUCAACUCCCCGACGUCCUUGUGCACCAGUAAUGAUUGGACAGCUUUUAUGAAGAGUAUAGGUGCCCUCUUGCACGUGAAUAAGAUAUUUGAAGUUGGAGUCUCUGAAAGUCUCCGAGAGCAUAUGAGACGCUUCAACUUAGACAUUAUUGAGAAGGCUGGCUUAUGUAUCAGCACAGAGCUAGAUUAUGUAUAUGAACUGGUACUUGGAGUCAUUGAUGUAACUAGAAGCAAAGAGAAGGGUUAUCAAACAUUGGUUAAAGAUGGAUUCUGUGCUGAGUUGGAUGAGCUGAGGCAAAUAUACGAGGGGUUGCCGGAGUUCCUGCAAGAGGUUUCAUCGAUGGAGUUUGAACACUUACCUCAUCUGCAUAAGGAGAAUCUCCCUCCUUGUAUUGUCUAUAUUCAACAAAUUGGGUACCUCAUGUGUAUUUUUGGAGAAAAACUUGAUGAAACUGCACUUGAUAGGAUUAACGAAUUUGAAUUUGCGUUCUCUGAUCUGGACGGGGAGACUCAGCGAUUCUUUUAUCAUACUCCAAAGACAAGAGAGUUAGACAACGUGCUUGGAGAUAUCUACCACAAAAUUUUAGAUAUGGAGAGAGCUAUUAUAAGGGACUUGCUAUCGCACACACUUUUGUUCUCGGCACACCUGUUGAAGGCAGUUAAUUUCGUUGCAGAACUUGAUUGCAUUUUAUCGUUGGCUUGUGUAGCCCAUCAGAAUAAGUACGUAAGGCCUGUUCUGACAAUGGAAUCAUUGCUUGAUAUUCGGAAUGGAAGGCAUGUUUUGCAGGAAAUGGCAGUGGAUACAUUUAUCCCCAACGAUACUGAAAUAAAUGAUAACGGUCGAAUUCAUAUCAUUACCGGUCCUAAUUACUCAGGAAAGAGCAUAUAUGUGAAGCAGGUGGCUUUAAUUGUUUUCCUAUCUCAUAUUGGAAGCUUUGUACCAGCAGAUGCUGCAACUGUUGGUUUAACUGACAGGAUCUUUUGUGCAAUGGGAAGCAAGUUCAUGACCGCGGAGCAAUCUACAUUUAUGAUUGAUCUACAUCAAGUGGGAAUGAUGCUAAGGCAGGCAACUUCAAGAUCUCUGUGUCUCUUGGACGAGUUUGGUAAAGGCACUCUUACAGAAGAUGGUAUUGGCUUGCUUGGUGGGACAAUUAGUCACUUUGCUUCAUGUAAUGAGCCACCAAGGGUUCUAGUAUGCACCCACUUGACUGAACUACUUAACGAGAGCUGCUUGCCCGUUUCUGAGAAGAUACGAUUCUACACAAUGAGCGUUCUGAGGCCAGAUACAGAAUCAGCAAACAUGGAAGAAAUUGUCUUUCUUUAUCGGUUAAUCCCGGGACAAACGCUGCUGAGUUACGGUCUACAUUGUGCACUACUCGCUGGUGUCCCAGAGGAAGUGGUGAAGAGAGCAGCCAUCGUGUUGGACGUCUUUGAGAGUAACAACAACGUGGAUAAACUUAACCUUGACAACAUAUCGUCUCAAGAUCAAGUAUUCAAGGAUGCUGUUGACAAGUUUAUGGAGUUUGAUAUCAGUAAAGGUGAUAUCCGUGCUUUCUUUGAAGACAUGUUCACUUCUUAAACUAGUCUCCAUAAGGUUGCAUCUCGUACUUACGAAAGCUAAUUACCAAGAUGGAUAUGCUGAUUUCUAAGAAUAAACUUAAUUCAUCAUCAAAAUUAUUUGUUUUAAAAGAGGAAAAAGCAAUACAGGAAGACAUCCUUGAAUCUAA